GGUCCAUAUAACUUUAUUUUUAAUUUCGCGUCACUUUCUCUCCUGCAUUAGACUGUUACAUGCAAUUCUUUCCGGUUUUAUUGAUAUCCAGGUUGUUUAAUGUUUGACUGAGUCCUCACGUGAGAUUGGAGUUGGCAUUUGCAGCAAAGCAUUCAACCCGAGACGGCGAGACGGUGGCGUGCGCAGUGGACACUCGCGGUACUGUAGGGUUCAGCCGCUCUCGGAAAGUGAAAACAUUUUGAACCCGGAAGUGCCGAAUUAACAUGGCUUCCAAAGAACAGAUCGAGAGUUGGACUGAGUUAGCAAUUUGUCCCAUCUGUCUGGAUUUCUUUACCGAUCCGGUGUCACUGGAGUGUGGGCACAACUUCUGCCGCUCCUGCAUCACGCAGUGUUGGGAAAGGGAGGGGAGAAACUCCUGCCCGGAAUGUAGAGAGGUGUUUAGAGACCGCACUGUCAGGGUAAACCGCGUUUUAGCAAAUCUAUCUGAGAAAGCUCGGAUAUUACACCUGAAUCCCAAAGAGAAGGACGAGAAACUUUACUGCGAGAAACAUCAGGAAGAACUGAAACUGUUUUGUGAAACUGACAAGAAACUGAUCUGUGUGAUCUGUCGAGAUGCGCGGGAACACAGAGAUCACCGCUUCUUGCCCAGAGAAGAAGCUGUGGAAAUCUACAAGGAUAAAGUUAAAUCUUGCUUCGAAAUUUUCACUGAAAAGAAAUCAAGGAUCCAGCAAAUGGAGCAGCGACAGAAGCUGAAUAUUUAUAGAAUUCGGGAGCAGUCAAACAGCCUUCAGUCCCACAUCACAUCCCAGUUUGCUGAUCUGCACCAGAUUCUCACUGAGAAAGAGCAACGCUUAUUGAGAAAUCUCCUGGAGGAAGAGAAGAGUAUUUUAAUUCCAAUGGAGCAAAAUCUCCAAGAGAUUAAGAAAAAAUUACACUCUAUUCAGGAGGAACUCGCAAAGUUGCAGGAACAGAUGGAUCAGAAAGACGGUAUGAUAUUUCUCAAAGAGGAAGCUCACCAAGAGAGAAGGGUUAAUGAUGAUGGCCAAGUAUUGUCAGUGGCAGAUGGUGCCUUGCCAAUUGGAAAAUUCGAUCAGCCCUUUUUGUUGAAUACUGUGUUGAGAGAUGUGGUUGAAGUCAUGAAGCGAGUCUCCGUGACGUUGGAUGUGGAAACGGGGAAAACGAAUCUCGAGGUGUCUAAGGAUCGGAGGAGCGUGAGGUGGGCCAAGACUGAGAUGAGUCUCCCUGACACUGGGACGCGGUUAACUGUCUGGGAGUGUGUGCUGGGAUCGGAGGGAUUCACAUCGGGGAGACAUUACUGGGAGGUGAAGGUGGCCAGUAAUCGGGUCUGGAGUGUGGGAGUUGCUGCAAAGUCUGUGAAGAGGAGGCAAUGGGUGGCGCUGGUUCCUGAGGCUGGAAUCUGGACCAUCGGGCGGCAAAGUGACGGAUUUAAUGUAAACACCUCACCUCGAUCCCGUCUCCCCGCCAACCUCAUUCCCAGUAGGGUGGGAGUUUAUCUGAGUUAUGAGUCCGGGAUAGUGUCAUUUUACAACGCGGACACAAAGUCGCAUCUCCACACCUUCGCUGUGAAUAAAUUCACCGAGAAACUUUAUCCGCUUUUCGGAACUUGGGAUAUAAAGCAAUGGCUGACAAUCUGUUCAGGUUCCGCUCCGGGUGUGUAAAAGGGUCGGUUAAUCUUCUGUUCAAAGAGUGUACCGAAUUCAAUAGCGUGGCUUGGAGAAGGUAGACGUGAAGUAAAUAAUAAUUUGCCUCGAUGUCAGAGGUUGUUGUCAGCGCCUUACACACUUUUCCAUCGAGAGGAAAGCAAUUUCUCAUAAAUUGGAUCACAUUCCAUUGAACAACGAACUUUGUAACCGCGUCAAUCAUAAUUGCUGGAGUGUAUUGUGCAUGAUUUCUGCACAAAUACAUUUGUAACAGGACAUAAAAAUGGUUACAAUAAAAAUAAGAUAAUAUUCCUU